AUCAGAUCAAACAUGGCGUCCGUCCACUCAGACACCAGCCGACUCUUCUUCCUCCUCAUCGUCGCUAUCCCAGCAUGCACUGGGCUCCCUGGAGGCGAUGUGUUUGUUAGCCGCCCCGAGGCUAGUGUCUUCCUGCACCGCGCGCGGCGCGCUAAUUAUCUGUUCGAGGAGCUGCGGCGCGGCAACGUGGAGCGCGAGUGUUACGAAGAGAAAUGUUCGUACGAAGAGGCGAAGGAAAUCUACGCUCUGCCGCAACAGCUGGAAGCUUUCUGGAGGCGCUACACAGCGGUGGAUCACUGCCAGUCGUCGCCCUGUAAGAACGGCGCCUCAUGCACUCGUCACCUCGACUCCUACAGCUGCAAAUGUCCGCCCAAGUUCCACGGUCACCACUGCGACAAAGUUCGCCAGACGUCCAAUGGCUGCCGCUACGGGAACGGAGGCUGUGAACAUUUCUGUAAAGCGUUUCCGGAUCGAUCUACGGUGUGUUUCUGCGCUCCGGGGUACCGACUGCAUCCGGACAACAGCAGCUGCGAACCCCAAGACAAGGUGGCCUGUGGACGACCUCAGUGGUUCUUCAGCCCCAGGGUGAUCAACGGGAAGAACUGCCCCAAAGGACAGUGUCCCUGGCAGGCGCUGCUGACGGAGCGUAACGUCUUCACCUGUGGAGCGAUCAUCCUCUCUAACCGCUGGGUGUUAACGGCAGCUCACUGCGUCUGGAGGAAACCGGCCCACUUCUUCAACGUCACCGUCGGUGAGCACGACCUGAACGUGGAGGAGCGCACGGAGCAGCGGCGGCGCGUUGUGAAGGUCGUGAUCCACCACGCCUACAACAAGUCGAGCUCUGACAGUGACAUGGCGCUGCUGAAGCUGCAGAGGCCCGUGAAGCUAGGACCCUAUGUGGUGCCCGUCUGUCUGCCUGCCAGGAAUUCGUCCUUCAGCCGGACUCUGGCCAGCGUCAGAGAGUCCACGGUGUCCGGAUGGGGUCGAGUUGCUCAACGAGGCCCGGCAGCCGGAGUUCUUCAGCGUCUGGUUCUCCCGAGAGUCCCUCUGCAGGAGUGCCGUCUGCACAGCAAUCUGACCAUCACUAAGAACAUGCUGUGUGCCGGGCUGAAGGCGGGCGGCAGCGACGCCUGUGAGGGCGACAGCGGCGGGCCCCUGGUCACCCGCUACAAGAAGACGUGGUUCCUGACGGGCGUGGUGAGCUGGGGGAAGGGGUGCGCCAACAGGAACCUGUACGGGGUCUACUCCAGGGUCAGCAACUUCCUGGGCUGGAUCGAGAGCGUCAUCAGAGAGGCUAACAGAAGCUAAAGCUAAUGCUAAUGCUACACAGAUUGAAUAUAGUAUGUCCUAGUUCCAGAGGCUAAAGCUACAUUAAAACAGAACGCCAUUAUUAAAGGAGCUAAUGCUACAGAUUAAACACCUACUUAUUCUAGAUGCUACUCACAUUGAAUAUAGUAUGUCCUUGUUCCAGAAGCUAAUGCUAAUGCUAAUGCUACACAGAUUGAAUAUAGUAUGUCCUUGUUCCAGAAGCUAAUGCUAAUGCUACACAGAUUGAAUAUAGUAUGUCCUUGCUCCAGAAGCUAAUGCUAAUGCUACACAGAUUGAAUAUAGUAUGUCCUUGUUCCAGAAGCUAAUGCUAAUGCUAAUGCUACACAGAUUGAAUAUAGUAUGUCCUUGUUCCAGAAGCUAAUGCUAAUGCUACACAGAUUGAAUAUAGUAUGUCCUUGUUCCAGAAGCUAAUGCUAAUGCUACACAGAUUGAAUAUAGUAUGUCCUUGUUCCAGAAGCUAAUGCUAAUGCUACACAGAUUGAAUAUAGUAUGUCCUUGUUCCAGAAGCUAAUGCUAAUGCUACACAGAUUGAAUAUAGUAUGUCCUUGUUCCAGAAGCUAAUGCUAAUGCUACACAGAUUGAAUAUAGUAUGUCCUUGUUCCAGAAGCUUGAUUUCUAACCCGAGACGCUGAGAUGUGAUAACGUUGAUUAUUCUUCAUGUACAAAAAUAAAACUGUUACUGACGCUGCU